AUGACUUGGAGUCUGCAUCUAUUUCUGAGCCAAUCUGAACCAGGAUCUGAACCACUUGGGCCAGCCUCGAGCCAUCAACUGAAUUCAAAGACUCCCCUCAAAGUAACGACAGAAAGAGAGAUGUCGUACUGGAAUAGCGGCUACUCAGGCCAGCCUGAGGAGCAUUUGCAAAGUCACAAUGAUGGUCCAGGUGGCCCAUCAAGCUCCUUACCACCGCCUCAGCCAUUGCAGUGGAGCGCAUCUUUGCCAGCGAGCAGCUUCAGUUACAGUCAACCUGUAAAUGACAGCAGCUACACGAAUUUCGGGUCUCAGCCAAAGCUGACAGGUGGUAGCCAGCACCAGUCUGGUGUCCUAGUGCCCAACACCUUUCAUUUGCAAGAUUCCAUGAGCAGCAGCUACCCAACUUUACAGCCACACUCACAGGUUUCUACAACCAGCAUGUUUCAGCAGGCAGUUAUUAACCACUUGCAUCACAAUUCUUCUAACCACAUGCAGAUCGGCCCCCAGGAACCACCUCUUUUCCAAACCUCCCUCAAUCUGGCCUCUUUCAAACCGAGUAUGAGUCAAGCGGCUUUUGCCUAUGGCUCUCGUAACUUACAGCAUGCAGCCACUAGUAGCCAGCACAAGCACAAGGCUUUCAAUAUUAGAUCAGUGCCCAAUGCGGCUGCCUACCCCAACUAUCACACUUUAUACCCGCAGGAUUCCACAGGUGGCAGCUAUCCAAUCCUGUUGCAGUUGGAGCCAAGCCAGCCUGGCAUUACAGCACCUGAGACUUUCCAAUUGCAAGAUCCUGCGGAUGGCAGCUACCCAACUUUGGGGUCGUACUUAAGGAUUUCUACAGGUAGUGCGUCUCAGCAGGUGGCUGCCAACCACUUGUAUCAUGGUUCUUUUGAACCAGCACAGAACACCCCAAGGGAACUACCUCAUUUCCCAUCCUCUCUUAAUCUGACUUCCUUUAACCAGAGUACAAGUCAAGCAGCUUCUGCCUAUGACUCUCAUAAUUCACAGCAUGCAAUUGGCAUCCAGGACCAGCAUGAAGCUUUCAAUAUUGGGUUGGUACCCAAUCAUGAUGUGAUUGCAUACUUUGACUAUCAUACUUUGCACAGCCAGGAUACUCAUGAUGAGUUCAUACCCCAGAACGCCCCCUAG